CACCCUGGGGUGACAUCCUUCCAGGGACAGAGGCUGGAACUCCAGCAUGGCUGAGGAGAAGAAACUGAAACUCAGCAAUACCGUGUUGCCCUCCGAGUCUAUGAAGGUGGUGGCAGAAUCCAUGGGCAUUGCUCAGAUUCAGGAGGAGACUUGCCAGCUACUGACAGAUGAGGUCAGCUACCGCAUCAAGGAGAUUGCCCAGGAUGCUUUGAAGUUCAUGCACAUGGGGAAACGACAGAAGCUCACUACCAGUGACAUUGACUAUGCAUUGAAAUUAAAGAAUGUGGAGCCACUAUAUGGCUUCCAUGCUCAGGAGUUCAUCCCUUUCCGGUUUGCCUCUGGUGGGGGCCGGGAGCUGUACUUCUAUGAAGAGAAGGAAGUGGACCUGAGUGAUAUCAUCAACACCCCUCUGCCUCGGGUGCCUCUGGAUGUCUGCCUCAAAGCUCAUUGGCUGAGCAUUGAAGGCUGCCAGCCUGCUAUACCAGAGAAUCCACCCCCAGCUCCCAAAGAGCAGCAGAAAGCCGAGGCCACAGAACCCCUGAAGUCAGCAAAGCCAGGCCAAGAAGAAGAUGGACCCUUGAAAGGCAAAGGUCAAGGGGCAGCUGCAGCUGAUGGCAAAGGAAAAGAGAAGAAGGCACCUCCCUUGCUGGAGGGGGCCCCUUUCCGCCUGAAGCCCCGCAGCAUCCAUGAGCUGUCCGUGGAGCAGCAGCUGUACUACAAGGAGAUCACAGAAGCCUGUGUGGGAUCCUGUGAGGCCAAGAGAGCGGAAGCUCUGCAGAGCAUUGCCACAGAUCCUGGACUCUAUCAGAUGUUACCACGGUUUAGUACCUUCAUCUCAGAGGGGGUCCGUGUGAAUGUGGUUCAGAAUAACCUGGCCUUGCUCAUCUACCUGAUGCGAAUGGUUAAGGCCCUGAUGGACAACCCCACACUGUAUCUAGAGAAAUACGUGCAUGAGCUGAUUCCUGCAGUAAUGACCUGCAUUGUGAGCAGACAGCUGUGCCUGCGGCCAGAUGUGGACAAUCACUGGGCACUCCGGGAUUUUGCUGCCCGUCUAGUGGCCCAGAUCUGUAAGCAUUUCAGCACAACCACCAACAACAUCCAAUCCCGAAUCACCAAGACCUUUACCAAGAGCUGGGUGGAUGAGAAGACUCCAUGGACAACUCGAUACGGCUCCAUUGCAGGCCUGGCAGAGCUGGGGCAUGAUGUGAUUAAGACCCUAAUUCUGCCAAGGCUGCAGCAGGAAGGGGAGCGGAUCCGAAGUGUCUUGGAUGGACCUGUGCUGAGCAACAUCGACCGUAUCGGAGCAGACCAUGUUCAGAGCCUUCUCCUGAAACACUGUGCCCCAGUAUUGGCGAAGCUGCGCCCUCCACCUGACAAUCAGGAUGCCUACCGGGGAGAAUUUGGGUCCCUUGGGCCCCUUCUCUGCUCCCAUGUGGUGAAGGCCAGGGCCCAGGCCGCUCUUCAAGCUCAGCAGGUCAACAGGACCACACUCACCAUCACACAGCCUCGGCCCACACUGACCCUCUCACAGGCCCCUCAGCCAGGCCCUCGUACCCCUGGCUUAUUGAAGGUCCCUGGCUCUAUUGCCUUGCCUGUCCAGACACUGGUGUCUGCAAGAGCUGCUGCCCCUCCUCAGCCUUCUCCUCCUCCAACCAAGUUUAUUGUAAUGUCCUCAUCUUCCAGUGCCUCAUCAACCCAGCAGGUCCUGUCCCUCAGCACCUCAGCUCCUGGUUCAGGCUCUACCACUACCUCUCCUGUCACCACCACAGUUCCCAGCGUGCAGCCCAUUGUCAAGCUGGUCUCCACUGCUACCACUGCACCCCCAAGCACAGCCCCUGCUGGUCCUGGCAGUGUUCAGAAAUACAUUGUGGUCUCUCUUCCCCCAACAGGGGAAGGCAAAGGAGGCCCUCCUUCUCAUCCUUCUCCAGUCCCACCUUCAUCUUCUUCACCAUCUCCACUUGGGGGCAGUGCCCUCUGUGGGGGGAAGCAGGAAACUGGGGACAGCCCCCCUCCAGCUCCAGGGACUCCAAAGGCUAAUGGCUCCCAGCCUACUGGACCUAGCUCUCCCCAACCUGCUCUGUGAUAUUGUCACAUGUGCUGACCUUCUCUCUUCUGCAGAUUCCUACACACACAAACAAUGUGUGAGGAAGGAAGGAGAAAGAUGUUUUCCCCAGUGACUUUCUUUUUAGAUACUGUACAGUAAGUUCCUCAGAAUAAAAGUUGGAUUUGUAA